AUGGGUCCGAUCUCAAGUUUUUGGAGCUUCAAAAAGUUCUUUGCAAUAGUCUUCGUCGUUUUCGCUAUCUCCGGUGAGUUCGUCGCCGGGUAUUACAAUCCGAGCCCCUGGAGAUACGCUCAUGCCACUUUCUAUGGCGACGAGACGGGGAGUGAAACCAUGGGUGGUGCAUGUGGAUACGGUAACCUGUUUAACAGCGGCUACGGCCUGGCCACGGCGGCGCUAAGCACGACGUUGUUCAAAGACGGUUACGGAUGCGGCCAAUGUUUCCAAAUAAUGUGCGUGCAGUCAAAACAUUGUUACUAUGGAAACCCAUCGACAGUGGUUACAGCCACCAACCUGUGCCCUCCUAAUUGGUACCAGGACUCCAACAAUGGUGGUUGGUGCAAUCCUCCUAGAACCCAUUUCGAUAUGGCUAAACCAGCUUUCAUGAAACUCGCUAACUGGAAAGCUGGUAUCAUCCCUGUUUCGUACCGCAGAGUACCAUGCAAAAGAAGUGGAGGUAUGAGGUUUCAAUUCCAAGGAAAUUCAUAUUGGCUUCUUAUCUUCGUCAUGAAUGUCGGAGGCGCCGGGGACAUCAAGAGCAUGGCCGUGAAAGGUAGCCGGACGAAUUGGAUAAGCAUGAGCCACAACUGGGGAGCCUCUUACCAAGCUUUUUCUUCUCUCUACGGUCAGUCUCUCUCUUUUCGGGUCACUUCUUACACCACUGGUGAAACUGUCUAUGCUUGGAACGUUGCUCCGUCUAACUGGAAUGCCGGUAUGACUUACAAGAGUAGCGCCAAUUUCCGCUGAUGAAGAUACUCGUGAAAACCCAAAUGGGAUCUCUUCUUUUAUGAUUUAUCCCUUUCUGUUUUUGUUCUUGGGAUGUUUAGAAGUUUCGGUGGCGCCUUUUGUUGUUAUGGCCCGGCUUUAUGUUACACAUCUACAUGCAUCUAUGUAUGUAAUUGUGAUAUAACUCUUCAUAACCAAAGUCAUGAUUAUGAAGUCAACACUACUUCUUGUCCUUUUCGUGUGCGUGUGAUUUCUUUUUUUUCCCACCGAUAUAUCGCAUUUUCCCUUAAGU